AUGGCCGUGGAGGCGGUGAAGGUGUCCGUGCACUGCGGGCGUGAGGCUGCCCUGGGCCGGGCCAUCGCCGGCGUGGACAGCGCGGGCCGGUGCCUGGUGUGGAGCCCCAUGGAAAUCCCCCGGCAGUUCUCCUCCGACGGGGAGCACAGCACCCAGCACGUCUACAACGAGAUCGCCUACCCGCUGGUGGAGGGUGUCAUGGAAGGCUGCAAUGGCACCAUCUUUGCCUACGGCCAGACUGGCAGUGGGAAGUCCUUCACCAUGCAGGGAGGUGCAGAUCUUUCCCAACAGAGAGGGACCAUUCCCAGGGCAUUUGAACACAUCUUUGAGUGUGUACAGUGUGCUGAAAACACCAAGGUCCUGCUGAGAGCCUCCUACCUGGAGAUCUGCAAUGAGCACAUACGAGACCUAGGAGCUGACACCAAGCAGAAGAUGGAGGUGAGGCAGCACCCAGAGCAGGGGGUGCACGUGCAGGGGCUGUCCCUGCACACCGUGCACAGCAUGGCCCAGUGUGAGCAGCUGAUGGACACGGGCUGCAGGAACAGAGCAGUGGCCUGCACCCUCAUGGACACAGGCUACAGGAACAGAGCAGUGGCCAUCACCUUCAUGGACACGGGCUACAGGAACAGAGCAGUGGCCUGCACCCUCAUGAAGAAGGGCUGCAGGAACAGAGCAGUGGCCUGCACCCUCAUGGACACGGGCUGCAGGAGCAGAGCAGUGGCCUGCACCCUCAUGGACACGGGCUGCAGGAACAGAGCAGUGGCCUGCACCCUCAUGAAGAAGGGCUGCAGGAACAGAGCAGUGGUCUGCACCCUCAUGGACACGGGCUGCAGGAACAGAGCAGUGGCCAUCACCCUCAUGGACACGGGCUGCAGGAACAGAGCAGUGGCCUGCACCCUCAUGGACACGGGCUGCAGGAACAGAGCAGUGGCCUGCACCCUCAUGGACACGGGCUGCAGGAACAGAGCAGUGGCCUGCACCCUCAUGGACACGGGCUGCAGGAACAGAGCAGUGGCCUGCACCCUCAUGGACACGGGCUGCAGGAACAGACCAGUGGCCAUCACCCUCAUGGACACGGGCUGCAGGAACAGAGCAGUGGCCUGCACCCUCAUGGACACGGGCUGCAGGAACAGAGCAGUGGCCUGCACCCUCAUGGACAAGGGCUCCUCCCGCUCCCACUCCACCUUCACUGCCUGCAUGGAAAUCUAUGCUCUCAGUGUGCACCUGGAGCCCUGGGGCUGGGCCUGGCAGGGCAUGGGGUCUGUGUGGCCACUCAUCAUCCCACAGCAAAUAGCUGUGAACAAAGAAGGGCUUCUACCUGCUGAGGCUGCUCACCUGGGAGCAAAUCCAGCUCCCUGCCUCAAACCCCAGGUGGAUCUGGAAGCAAAGAAGCAGCUGAUCAGAGAAGAGUUCCAGGAGAGGCUGGCCCAGCUCCAGGCCAGCCACCAAGCAGAGCAGGCGUCCUGUGCCUGCCUGGAGAAGGACAUCAGCAGCCUGAGGGAUGCCUUUGAUCUCAAGGUGUCUGUUCUCCAGAUCCUCAGGAAGGAAGCAGUGGGUAACGUUGUGCCUCAUCUCCCCCAGGACUCUCACUGCAUCUUUCCAGAGCUACAGCCUUUGUUUUCCUCUUGUCCCCAGGACCCAGCUGGGACUGUCACAGACACCAGUGGGGUGAGCAGGGGCAGUGCUGGAGCAGUGGGAGCUGUCACUGCCCCGGGGAUUUCCCUGCCUGCAGACCAGCAGCAGUUGCUCAGUGAGGCCACGUGCCAGAAUUAUGAGAGAAAAAUGGAGAUGUUCAAGUCGGCAAACGUGGAUGCCAAAAAUUGUGUGUUCCUGCGCUCCCUUCUGCAGGCUGCAGGUGCUGCAGCAGCAGGUGGGGAGCAGGCUCAGCACCAGGACCUGAAGGAAAAGCACAAACGGAGGAAGAAGCACACGGACGAGCGGGGGCUGCAGCUGCUGGCUGCCCUGCAGGAAUGCAGCGAGGACAGCAGCGAGCAGCCUCUCCUCAACGAACACCACUCCAUCCAGGAGGAGGUUCCAGCCAAGAACCACCUGGUGUUUUGUGUCCAGCUCCGGGCUGCCCAGACCGAGAUCCAAGACCUGCAGUUGGAGUUUGGGCUGAAGAUGGAUUAUCCAGCGCCAGGAGCGAGACCCGCAGCUCUGGCAGCAGCUCUGGAUCGGGUGCAGUCCCUGGUGCGGCGGGACUGCAACUGCAGCAGCCUGGAGAGGAUCCGUGAGUCCGUGCGGGACGAGGAGACGGCUGCUGGAGAAUUAAUUCCAGAGCCUGUCGUUCUAAGAACCCACCUGCCCGCAGCGCUUCCAGCCCUGCCACAGCCCCAGCCUGGCGGACAAACCCCCGAACGAGAGCGGGGAGCCAGCGCCCGAGGAAAACCACUACGGGCUGGGCAGGAGCGACAGCGAGACCAUCCCAGCAACUACUCCCGAUGCCGGCGAGCCGGCAGACCCUCCGGCUGCACCAAGGCUCCCCAGAUGCACUCUGAAUUGUCCUCCUUUUCCUUGGGAAAUCAAACGGCGACCCACCCAGCAUCAAUUCUGCCUCAAGCCCUUGACCUCUCAGGGGUUUCUCGCAGGACACAGCCCUAUUUUGGCGUGCUGCGCUGCCCCUCCACACCCCUUCCUCUCCUCCCGCGGGCUCCCAGCGGGCUGCGGGCAGCACCGGCACCGUGCCCCCGGCGCGGCCCUUCCGCCUGCAGUCCCAGCGCCGGCACCAAGCGCAGGAAGGGCACGCCAGCUCCAGCGCCCGCCGCCUCUGGCCCGCGGCGCGGGAGGCCCGGGACGGCGGCGGGGCCUGCCCUGCCCGCGGCGGCGGCCGCGCUCAGCCGCCACAGCGCUGUCGCGACAGCGCCCACUUGCGCCGCGUCCCGACGUCGCGGAGCUGUCUGUCGAUGA